GACUUGAUCAGAAGAAUGAAUGGAAGAGAAGGCCGCAGAUCGAUGUUUGCUUAAAAAGUCUUGAUAAUUCUAAAGAUAUAAAACAAGAAUUUUUAGAAGAAGUUAAAAAUCAACAUGAACAUGGGGGUAAUUCGGCAAUUGCGAUUUAUGGAAUAACCAAGAACCCAAAAGACGGUAACUACAUGAUGGUUAUGGACUAG